AGAUGAAGGACGUAGUGACACGCGCGCUGGGUGGCUGGUGAAGCCUGCGCUUUUGGCGAGAACCGUUAGCGUGGUCCAGGCCGCGCUGGUGCCCCCGUAGGCCAUGCGUGCCCUGCGGACCGGCCUGAUCCUGGCGCUGGGCGCGGGGCUGGGCGCGGCGGCAGAGCACUGGCGGCAGCGGGCGGGGGGUGCGCCGGGGCUGCUGGGCCGAGUGCCGGUGUUGCCGGCGGUCGCGGCCGAUCUGCCCGCGCUGCCGGGGGGACCGGCGGGCGGCACUGGGGAGCUGGCCAAGUACGGGCUGCCCGGCGUGGCGCAGCUCCGCAGCCGCGAGUCCUACGUGCUGAGCUACGACCCGCGCACGCGCGGUGCGCUCUGGGUAUUGGAACAGCUGCGUCCGGAGCGCCUCCGCGGCGACGGCGACCGUCGGGCGUGCGACUUCCGCGAGGACGACUCUGUGCACGCUUACCACCGAGCCACCAAUGCGGACUACCGCGGCAGCGGCUUUGACCGCGGCCACCUGGCCGCUGCCGCCAACCACCGCUGGAGCCAGCGGGCCAUGGACGACACUUUCUACCUGAGCAACGUGGCGCCCCAGGUGCCACACCUCAACCAGAAUGCCUGGAACAGCCUUGAGAAGUACACCCGCAGUUUGACUCGCACUUACCAAAAUGUCUAUGUCUGCACGGGGCCUCUUUUCCUGCCCAGGACUGAGGCUGAUGGGAAGUCCUAUGUGAAGUACCAGGUGAUUGGGAAGAACCACGUGGCAGUGCCCACACACUUCUUCAAGGUGCUGAUCCUGGAGGCCGCCAGUGGGCAGAUCGAGCUUCGUUCCUACGUGAUGCCCAAUGCCCCUGUGGAUGAGACUAUUCCCUUGGAGCGCUUCCUGGUGCCCAUCGAGAGCAUCGAGCGGGCCUCAGGAUUGCUCUUUGUGCCCAAUAUUCUGGCUAGAGCUGGAAACCUCAAGGCCAUCACUGCUGGCAGCAAGUGACAGUAAAGGGCUGUAGACAACGGGGGGAUGGGGCUGGCUAUUAAAGGUGGUUAUUUUUGGAUAA